CUAAUAAUGUAGUGUAUAUUUUGUGAGGACAUCACUUGUAUCAUCAUCAUUUCGUCCCUACACUUCACUCCCCUCUCCCAUGGAAGCUCUAAGCCACCUGAGCAUACAUACAUCUCUCUUCCCUCCUCCACCAAACCCUAAAAGACCCACCAAACUCUCCGCCGUCAAUAACACCUCCACUUUCUCCGGCAGCAAAUGGGCCGACCGUCUCAUCUCAGACUUCCAGUUCCUCCCUUCCAAUUCGGACCUUCUAGAACACUCCACUCCCUCUUCUGUUUCUUACCCACCUGCACCCACUGCUCCUCAACGCAAUGUCUCUAUGCCCAUUGAUUUUUACAGAGUGUUGGGUGCUGAAACGCACUUUUUGGGGGAUGGGAUUAAAAGGGCUUAUCAGGAGAGGCUUAAUCAGCAACCCCAGUUUGGGUUUAGUGAUGAUGCUCUGAUUAGUAGGAGACAGAUUCUUGAUGCUGCUUUUCAGACUUUGGUUAAUCCUAGGUCUAAAAGAGAGUAUAAUCAGAGUCUUGCCAGUGAUGAAUAUGAUACUAUUGUUACUCAAGUUCCCUUUAAUAAUGUUCCGGGGGCAUUAUGCUUGCUGCAAGAAUCAGGAGAGACUGAAGUUGUUUUACAAGUUGGAGAGAGUUUAUUAAGAGAGAGGCUGCCUAAAUCUUUUAAGCAAGAUGUGGUCUUGGCUAUGGCACUUGCUUAUGUUGACUUUUCCAGGAGUGCCAUGGCCUUAUCACCCCCAGAUUUUGUACGAGGUUGUGAAUUUCUUGAAAGGGCACUGAAAUUGUUGCAGGAGGAAGGUGCAAGUAGUCUUGCACCAGAUUUACAAGCACAGAUUGAUGAGACACUGGAGGAGAUCAAACCACGUUAUGUUUUGGAACUUUUAGCUUUGCCACUUGGUGACGAGUACUUGUCAAAGAGGGCAGAGGGUCUUCAAGGGGUGCGGAAUAUUCUUUGGGCUGUAGGAGGUGGUGGUGCAACUGCUGUUUCUGGGGGAUUUACCCGAGAAGAUUUUAUGAAUGAAGCAUUCUUAUACAUGACUGUAGAUGAGCAGGUUGAUCUCUUUGUUGCUACACCAAGUAAUAUACCAGCUCAGAGCUUUGAAGUUUAUGGAGUUGCACUAGCCCUUGUUGCUCAAGCCUUUACAGGUAAAAAACCUCAUCUCAUACGAGAUGCUGAUAACCUGUUUCAACAACUUCAGCAAACCAAAGUGACAGCUUUAGGGAACUCUAUAUCUGUAUACACUGAUGGACAAAAUUGUGAAAUUGACUUUGCAUUGGAGAGAGGUCUCUGCUCACUUCUUGUGGGAGAAGUUGAUGAGUGUUGCUCGUGGUUGGGAUUAGACAGUGAGCACUCACCUUAUAGAGACCCAUCCAUAGUUACCUUUGUGACCGAAAAUUCUACACUGGACAAGGAAAUUGAUCUCCUUCCUGGACUUUGUAAGCUAUUGGAAACUUGGUUGAUGGAAGUGGUCUUUCCUAGAUUCAGGGAAACCAAUAAUAUUGUGUUCAAGCUUCGAGAUUAUUAUGAUGAACCUACCGUCCUUAAAUAUUUAGAGAGGCUGGAGAGAGUGGGUGGUUCACCGUUAGCUGCUGCAGCAGCCAUAGCAAGAAUUGGAGCUGAAGCUACUGCAGUGCUUGACAGUGUAAAGGUUAGUGCAAUCCAAGCAUUGCAGAAGGUUUUUCCUCUUGGUCCUGGGCAAGCAACUGUAAGACGACAAGGUAAUGGGGAGACAGUUGAGUCGGAAGAGUAUGAAGGUCAACGUGAUCCAGAUGAUUCUUCUUAUAUAAUCGGCAAGACAGAGGAAGAUAAACAUGAUGAUUUACUGGAACGGGAAAUGAUGACGUACAUAAUUAAAGAUGCAAGUGUGAAGAUCAUGGCUGCUGGCGUAGUCAUUGGAUUUCUGACUUUGGCUGGCAUGAAGUUUUUACCAUCUAGGAACAGAUCUAUUGUUUCACGAAUGGAUAAAGGUUCAGCAAUGGCUUCUGAUGUCACCAAUGCGGGUUUUUUUAUAAAUGAAAAUUUGGAAGCCAUGCCUAGAAUGGAUGUAAGAUUAGCGGAAGGUCUAGUCCGCAAGUGGCAGAAUACCAAGUCUCAGGCCCUUGGAUCUAACCAUUGCUUUGAAAAUUUGUCUGAGGUUUUAGAUGGCCAGAUGCUAAAGAUUUGGGCAGAUCGUGCAAUGGAAAUUGCAAAUCAUGGUUGGUCCUGGGACUACUCUCUGUCAAACCUUAACAUUGAUAGCGUUACAAUUUCAUUGGACGGGCGACGUGCCAUCGUAGAAGCCACUCUUGAAGAGUCAGCACAGCUAACUGAUGCAGGCCAUCCAGAAAACAAUGACUCUUACAACACAACUUAUACGACAAGGUACGAGAUGGCCUAUUCUUCAUCUGGAUGGAAAAUAACAGAAGGAGCUGUCCUGAAAUCAUGACUUUUGGCAGACUGUAGUAUUUAAUGUGUAUACUAUGUUUAAUGAUUUCUAUGAUGUAGUAGUUACCUAUAUAGUUAUUCAACUUUUAAUACUGGCAGUCUCUGCCCUCUACACUUGUAAAGUUGAAUCCACUUAUAUGUAACACUUUGCUCCAUUUAGUUGGGGAAAUGAAACCAAGUGAAAAUGGAAUGGUACUUGUACCACUUGAUCA